AACAGCCACUCAUUGAGGUCAAGUCAAAAUCCAAACAUAUUAACAAUAGUUCCUCAAUACCUGAAACUGAAACCCAUCUCUCAGUUUAUUGCUCUUGAGCUUGAGCUGAAACAAAAAAUACCUUUGCUCAUUGUCUUUCACUUUUCAUUCUUGAAUUAAUCUCUUACUAUUUCUGUUUUAUUAAUUUUUCUUUCACUUUUUUGCUACUUUCCCAUUCCUAUUGCAAAAACAAAAAAAAAAAAAAACCCAAAAAUAGUGAACGAAAGUUAUCUUAUAUAUAUUCUCUGUUCAUUUCAAAUAUUGGAGUUUCUUCAACUAAUAGAGAGUAGUAGAUCAUUUACUCUGCACAUCAAUAGCACCAGUUGUUCCAUUGAUUCAUAAUCUAGCAGAUUUUGACUCAAGUCACAAGGAAGACGAGAAGAAAAGAAAAUCAAUGGAAAUUUUAACUUCUGUUGUUGCAAAAAUAGCAGAAUAUACCGUUGAGCCUAUUGGACGUCAAGCAAGUUACUUGAUAUUCUACAAAGGUUACUUCAAGACGUUAAUGGAGAAUGUUGAAAGCCUUCAGGCUGCAAGAGAAAGAAUGAUCCAUUCGGUUGACAGAGAAAGGGGAAAUGGUAAAGAAAUUGAAAAGGAUGUUUUGAAUUGGUUAGAGAAAGUGAACGGGGUCAUUGAAAAGGCAAAUGGGCUUCAAAACGAUCCUCGUCGUGCCAAUGUAAGGUGCUCAGCAUGGCCGUUCCCCAACUUGAUUUUACGUCAUCAACUUGGUAGGAAAGCCAGAAAAAUUACAAAAGAUGUUGUUCAAGUUCACGGAAAAGGGAUUUUUGAUCAAGUUGGUUACCUUCCCCCUCUAGAUGUAGUAGCCUCCUCCUCAACAAGAGAUGGUGAAAAGUACGACACAAGGGAGUUGCUUAAGGAGGACAUUGUGAAGGCUUUAGCAGAUCUUAAUUCACACAACAUUGGAGUUUAUGGGUUGGGUGGGGUGGGUAAGACCACUCUGGUGGAGAAAGUUGCUCAAAUAGCCAAGGAACAUAAAUUGUUCGAUAAAGUGGUUAAGGCAGAAGUAUCGAAAAAUCCAGACAUUAAAAGAAUUCAAGGGGAGAUUGCAGAUUUCUUGGGUCUGCGAUUCGAAGAGGAGACUAUUCUUGGCAGAGCACAACGUCUAAGACAAAGAAUCAAGCUGGAGAAAAGUAUCCUUAUCAUUCUAGAUAACAUAUGGACCAUACUUGAUUUGAAAACAGUGGGGAUUCCAUAUAGUAAUGAACAUAAUGGUUGCAAAUUGUUGAUGACAUGCAGAAAUCAAGAAGUGUUGCUGCAAAUGGAUGUUCCAAAGGAUUUCACUUUCAAAGUUGAACUUAUGAGCGAAAAGGAGACAUGGAGCUUAUUUCAAUUUAUGGUAGGGGAUGCAGUUAAAGAUAGCAAUUUGAAAGAUGUACCGUUUCAAGUGGCCCAAAAAUGUGCAGGUUUGCCUCUUAGGGUAGUGACAGUAGCGUGUGCAAUGAAAUAUAAGAAGGAUGUUCAAUCUUGGAAAGAUGCAUUAAGGAAAUUACAAAGUAAUGAUCAUACAGAGAUGGACUCUGGAACUUAUUCUGCUUUGGAAUUGAGUUACAACUCAUUGGAGAGUGAUGAAAUGAGGGCUCUCUUCUUGCUUUUUGCAUUACCGAUAGGUGAAAACAUAGAGUACUUUCUGAAAGUUGCAAUGGGGUUGGACAUAUUGAAGCAUAUUAAUGUCAUGGAUGAUGCAAGAAACAGACUUUACACAAUAAUCAAAUCUUUGGAGGCAAGAUGUCUUUUGCUUGAAGUUAAAACAGACGGAAAUAUCCAAAUGCACGACUUUGUUCGUGAUUUUGCUAUCUCCGUAGCACGUAGGGACAAACAUGUACUUCUAAGAGAACAAUCUGAUAAGGAAUGGCCAACCAAGGAUUUUUUUAAAAGGUGCACGCAGAUCAUUCUGGAUAGGUGUGAUAUGCACGAGAUUCUUCAAACGAUUGAUUGUCCAAACAUUAAGCUUUUCACUUUGUUCAGUAAGAAUCAAUCUUUAGAAAUCCCCGAUACUUUUUUUAAGGGUAUGAGAAGCCUUAGAGUGCUAGAUUUAACAUACUUGAACUUGUCAUCAUUACCCACAUCAUUUAGGUUGCUAACAGACCUUCAAACAUUAUUUUUGGAUUUUUGCAUUUUGGAAAAUAUGGAUGCAAUAGAAGCUUUGCAAAAUUUAGAAAUUCUUAGACUCGGGAAAUCUUCAAUGAUCAAGUUGCCAAGAGAAAUAGGGAAAUUGACUCAAUUGAAAAUGCUUGAUUUGAGCCAUUCAGGAAUAGAAGUGGUCCCACCCAACAUCAUAUCAAGUUUAACUAAAUUGGAGGAGUUGUACAUGGGAAAUACCUCUUUUAAUUGGAAAGAUGUGAAUUCAACUGUUCAAAAUGAAAAUGCUAGUCUCGCCGAGCUUCGAAAACUAACCAACUUGACAGCUCUAGAAUUACAAGUUCGUGAGACUUGGAUGUUGCCAAGGGACUUGCAAUUGAUGUUUGAGAAGCUGGAAAGAUAUAAAAUAGCUAUUGGAGAUGUAUGGGACUGGUUUGACAUUAUGGAUGGAACCUUAAAAACAUUGAUGCUCAAACUUGGUACAAACAUACAUUUGGAGCACGGAAUUAAAACAUUGAUUAAAUGCGUUGAGAAUUUGUACUUGGAUGAUGUAGAUGGAAUUCAAAAUGUGCUUUAUCAACUAAAUGGGGAAGGAUUUCCAUUUCUGAAACAUCUUCACCUCCAAAAUAAUGCAAACUUGAAGCACAUUGUUGACUCUAAAGAGAGGAAUCAAAUCCAUGUGUCUUUUCCCAUCUUGGAAACACUAGUACUUUUUAAUCUUAAAAACUUGGAGCAUGUUUGUCAUGGUCAACCUUCAAUUACUUCUUUUGGAAAUCUCAGUGUUAUCAAAGUCAAAAAUUGCGUCCAAUUAAAAUAUCUAUUCUCCUAUGAAAUGGUCAAAGAACUUUCCCACAUUUCUAAGAUUGAAGUUUCCGAGUGCAAUUCUAUGAAGGAGAUAGUGUUCGGAGAUAACAAAUCAAGUGCAAAUAAUGAUAUCACUGAUGAAAAAAUUGAGUUUCUUCUAUUGCGUUCUUUAACUUUAGAACAUUUGGAGACACUUGAUAAUUUCGCCUCUGAUUAUUUGACACAUCAUAGAAGUAAGGAAAAGUAUCAAGGUCUAGAGCCAUAUGCUUCUACUACACCAUUUUUCAAUGCUCAGGUUGCAUUUCCUAAUUUGGACACCCUUAAAUUGAGCUCACUUCUCAAUUUGAAUCAAAUUUGGGAUGACAAUCAUCAAUCUAUGUGCAACUUGACUAGCUUGAUUGUCGAUAAUUGUGUUGGAUUGAAGUAUUUAUUCCCCUCUACUUUGGUUGAAAGUUUUAUGAACCUCAAACACCUUGAAAUAAGUAAUUGUCCUAUGAUGGAGGAGAUAAUAGCUAAAAAAGACAGAAAUAAUGCAUUGAAAGAGGAUCAUUUUUUGAAAUUAGAAAAAAUCAUAUUGAAGGAUAUGGACAACUUGAAGACAAUAUGGCAUUACCAAUUUAAAACAUUGAAGAUGUUGCAAGUGAACAAUUGCAAGAAAAUUGUGGUGGUUUUUCCUUCUUCAUUGCAAAAAACAUAUAUUGAGCUAGAAAAGUUGGAGGUUAGAAAUUGUGCUUUAGUUGAAGAGAUAUUUGAAUUGACUUUGAAUGAAAAUAACAAUGAAGAUGAUACAUCACAUUUGAAAGAAGUUACUUUAAAUGGAUUGUGGGAGUUGAAAAAGAUAUGGAGUGGAGAUCCUGAAGGAAUUCUUAGUUUUCAAAAUCUAAUAAAUGUACAACUAGAUGGUUGUAGAAGCUUGGAAUAUCUAUUACCAUUCUCCGUAGCCACUCGUUGUUCACAUCUCAAGGAACUUCUUAUACAAUCUUGUGCAAACAUGAAAGAAAUUGUUGCAGAGGAGAAAGAAUCUAGCGCGAAUGCAGCUCCCACAUUUGAGUUUAAUCAACUGAGUACUUUAUUGCUUUGGAACUUACAUAAACUCAAUGGUUUCUAUGCUAGAAAUCAUACUCUGCUAUGUCCAUGUUUGAGUAAAAUUCAUGUUGCCGAUUGUACAAAGUUGAAUUUGUUCAGAACUCUAUCUACAAAAAAGUCAAAUUUUCAAGAUGAUAAACACUCUGUUUCAACGAAACAACCACUUUUCAUUGCCGAAGAGGUGAUUCCAAACUUGGAGUUGUUGAUGAUGGUACAGGAAGAUGCCGACAUGAUAUUGCAAACCCAAAACUCAAGUGUCCUCUUUAGCAAAAUGACAUGUAUUGGCUUGAGUAGCUAUGACACUGAAGAUGCUAGCUUUCCUUAUUGGUUUCUUGAAAAUGUGCAUACUCUUGAAGAACUAAUUGUUGAGCGGAGUUGCUUCAAGAAGAUAUUCUGCGAUAAAGGAGAAAUAAGUGAGAAGACUCGCACACAUAUCAAAACACUCACAUUGAGUGCAUUACCUGAACUUCAACAUAUAUGUGAGGAAGGAUUCCAAAUUGACCAAGUUCUUGAGUUCCUUGAAUGCUUAAAUGUUUUUAGUUGUCCUAGUUUGACAAAUUUGAUGCCUUCCUCUGUCACCCUUAAUCAUCUGACGCAGUUGGAGAUAAUAAAAUGCAAUGGGCUAAAAUAUAUAUUCACAACUCCUACGGCGCGAAGUUUGGACAAGCUCACACUGCUGAAGAUAGAAGACUGCAAUUCACUUGAAGAAAUAAUUACUGGAGUAGAAAAUGUUGACAUUGCUUUUAUAAGUUUACAAAUUUUAAAAUUGGAAUGUUUGCCCAGAAUCAUCAAAUUUUGCUCUAGCAAGUGUUUCAUGAAGUUUCCAUUGUUGGAGAAUGUAAUUGUGAGGGAAUGUCCUCGCAUGAAGACUUUUUCAACGGGAAGCACAAGUACACCAAUUCUACAAAAAGUCAAAAUUGCAGAAAAUAAUCCAAAAUGGCUUUGGAAGGGAAACUUAAACGAUACAAUAUACAACAUGUUUAAAGAUAAGGUGGCAUUUGGUAGUUUCAAGCAUUUUAACCUAUCUGAAUAUCCCGAGUUAAAAGACUUGUGGUAUGGUCAGCUUGAGCAAAACACAUUUAGGAGUUUGAAGUAUCUAGUGGUUCAUAAAUGUGAUUUUUUAUCCUAUGUUCUCUUUCAACCUAACUUACUAGAAGUGCUGAUGAACCUGGAAGAAUUAGAUGUGGAGGAUUGUAAUUCAUUAGAAGCAGUUUUUGAUUUGAAAGGUGAAUUUGCAGAAGAAAUUGUUGAGCGGAAUUCUACUCAAUUGAAGAAAUUAAAACUAUCUAAUCUUCCAAAAUUGAAGCAUGUAUGGAAGGAGGAUCCACAUUACACUAUGAGGUUUCAAAAUAUAAAUGAUGUAUAUGUUAAGGAAUGUGAAAGUUUGAUAAGCCUCUUUCCACUCUCAGUGGCUAGAGAUAUAAUGCAACUUCAAAGUCUGAAAGUAAGUAACUGUGGGAUUCAAGAAAUCGUUGCCAAGGACGAAGGAACAUGUGAGAUAGUUAAGUUUGUGUUUCCUCAUUUAACAUCCAUCACACUUGAAGAUUUGCCCAAACUUAAGACAUUCUUUGUUGGGGCUCAUUCUCUUCAAUGUAAAUCUUUGAAAACAAUCAAGUUGUUCAGAUGUCCAAGAAUAGAUCUAUUUAAGGAAGAACCUUUGAGACAACAAGAAAGCUCAAGAAAUGAUGAGCUCAAUAUCUCAAAAUAUCAACCUCUCUUUGUGAUUGAAGAGUUUUUGCAACAGGUACUUGCUAAUGUGGAGAAUUUGAACUUGAACAGUAAAGAUUUUGGCAUGAUAUUGCAGAGCCAGUAUUCAGGGGUUCAAUUCAACAACAUCAGACACAUUGCCGUGUGUGAGUUCUACAAUGAAGAAUCUACUUUUCCAUAUUGGUUCCUGAAAAAUGUUCCUAAUUCCGAAAGCUUGUUGGUCCAGUGGAGUUCCUUCACGGACAUAUUCCAAGGCGAACAAAUCAUUAGAACUGAAAAGGAAACUCAAAUUAGGCCGCAACUCAAACAGUUGGACUUAUGGCACCUGAGCAAGCUUCAAUGUAUAUGCAAAGAAGGAUUUCAGAUGGACCCCGUUUUACAUUUUCUUGAAAGAUUAAUUGUUUCUAAGUGUUCCAGUCUGACAAAGUUGGUUCCAUCCUCUGUUACCUUCAGUUACAUGACCUAUUUAGAGGUAACAAACUGCAAUGGGUUGAAAAAUUUGAUAACACACUCAACAGCAAAGAGCUUUAUCAAACUCACAACAAUGAAGAUUAAAAUGUGUAAUUGGCUUGAGGAUAUAGUGAACGGUAAAGAAGAUGGGACAAACGAGAUUGCAUUUUGCAGUUUACAAUAUCUAGAACUAAUUUCUUUACAAAGGCUUUGUCGAUUUUGCUCAUGCCCAUGCCCCAUUAAGUUUCCGUUGCUGGAAGUUGUAGUUGUCAAAGAAUGUCCUCGAAUGGAACUUUUUUCAUUGGGAGUUAUCAACACAACAAGUCUUCAAAAUGUACAAACUGAUGACGGAAAUCAUUGGGAGGGCGACCUCAAUGUAACCGUAACGAAAUUGUUUGAUGACAAGGUGGGAUUUGGUAGUUUCAAGCAUUUAAAACUAUCUGAAUAUCCCGAGUUAAAAGAGUUGUGGUAUGGUCGACUUGAGUAUAAAGCAUUUAGGAGUUUGAAGUAUCUAGUGGUCCAUAAAUGUGAUUUUUUAUCCAAUGUGCUCCUUCAACCUAACUUGUUAGAAGUACUGAUGAACUUGGAAGAAUUAGAGGUCGAAGAUUGUAAUUCAUUAGAAGCAGUUUUUGAUUUGAGAGGUGAAUCUCCGAAAGAAGUUGUUGUGCAAAAUUCUAGUCAAUUGAAGAAAUUAAAACUAUCUAAUCUUCCAAAACUGAAGCAUGUAUGGAAAGAGGAUCCACAUUACACUAUGAGGUUUCAAAAUUUAAGUGAUGUAUCUGUUGUGGGAUGUGAGAACUUGAUAAGCCUCUUUCCACUCUCACUGGCUAAAGAUAUGAUGCAACUUCAAUGUCUUCUAGUCAGUAACUGUGGGAUUGAAGAAAUUGUUGCCAAGGAAGAAGGAACAGAUGAAAUGGUUAAAUUUGUGUUUCCUCAUUUGACAUCCAUUGAACUUAAUUUCUUGACCAAACUUAAGGCAUUCUUUGUUGGAGUUCAUUCUCUUCAAUGUAAAUCAUUGAAAAUGAUCAAGUUGUUCGGAUGUCCAAAAAUAGAGCUAUUUAAGGCAGAACCUUUGAUACACCAAGAAAGCUCCACAAAUGAUGAGGUCAAUAUAUCUCAAUAUCAACCCCUUUUUGUGAUUGAAGAGGUACUUGCCAAUGUGGAGAGUUUGUCCUUGAACAAUAAAGAUUUUCGCAUGAUAUUGCAGAGCCAAUUUUCAGGGGUUCAAUUAAACAACAUGAAACACAUUACUGUGUGCGGAAUCUACAAUGACGAAGCUAAUUUUCCACAUUGGUUCCUGAAAAAUGUUCCUAAUUCAGUAAGCUUGUUAGUCGAAUGGUGUUUAUUCACAGAGAUAUUCCAAGGCGAACAAAUCAUAAGAACAAAAAAGGAAACUCAAAUUAGCCCACGAUUUAGAGAGUUGAAAUUACGGAACCUGACCAAGCUUCGAUGCAUAUGCAAAGAAGGUUUUCAAAUGGACCCAGUUCUACAGUUUCUUGAAAGCAUUUAUGUUUAUCAGUGUUCCAGUCUGACAAAUUUGGUUCCACCCUCAGUUACCUUUAGUUACGUGACCUAUUUGGAGGUAACAAAUUGCCAUGGGUUGAUAAAUUUGAUAACACACUCAACAGCAAAGAGUCUUGCCAAACUCACAACAAUGAAGAUUAAAAUGUGUAAUUGGCUUGAGGAUAUAGUGAACGGUAAAGAUGAGACAAACGGGAUUGUAUUUUGCAGUUUACAAACUCUAGAACUAAUUUCUUUACAAAGACUCAGUCGAUUUUGCUCAUGCCCAUGCCCCAUUAUGUUCCCGUUGCUGGAAGUUGUAGUCAUCAAAGAAUGUCCUCGAAUGGAACUUUUUUCAUUGGGAGUGGCCAACACAGAAAAUCUUCAUAAUGUACAAACUGAUGAAGGAAAUCACUGGGAGGGUGACGUCAACCGAACUGUAAAGAAACUAUUUGAUGACAAGGUUGCAUUUAGUAAAUUCAAGUACUUAGCCUUGUCCGACUAUCCCGAGCUAAAGGAUUUGUGGUAUGGUCAACUUCAUCACAACGUGUUCUGCAAUUUGAAACAUCUUGUGGUGGAAAGGUGUGAUUUUUUAUCACAUGUACUUUUUCCAUCAAAUGUAAUGCAAGUGCUACAGACACUGGAAGAACUAGAAGUAAAAGAUUGUGAUUCAUUAGAAGCAGUGUUUGAUGUGAAAGGUUUGAAGUCACAAGAAAUAAUGAUUAAACGAAGCACUCAAUUGAAAAGUUUAACUUUGUCUAGCUUACCCAAAUUAAAACACGUAUGGAACGAGGAUCCUCAUGAAAUUAUCAGCUUUGGAAACUUAUGCAAGGUGGAUGUUUCUAUGUGCCAAAGCUUGUUAUAUAUCUUUCCAUAUUCACUAUGUCUAGAUCUUGGACAUCUUGAAAUGCUUAAGUUAAUGUCUUGCGAAGUCAAUGAAAUUGUUGCAAUGGAAGAAGCUGGAUCAAUGGAGAUUAAUUUUAAUUUUCCCCAAUUGAAAGUUAUGAUGUUGUAUCAUUUGACAAAUCUUAAGAGUUUCUAUCAAGGAAAGCAUACUUUAGAUUGCCCUUCAUUGAAGACUUUGAAUGUAUAUUGUUGUGAAGCAUUAAGAAUGUUUUCUUUUGACAAUUCAGACUUGCAACAACCUUACUCGAUUGAUGAAAAUCAGGACAUGCUAGUUCAACAAGCUCUGUUUUGCAUUGAAAAGUUGAGCCCCAACCUGGAGGAUUUGGCAGUAAAUGGCACAGAUAUGUUGGGGAUAUUGAAUGGUUAUUGUCAAGAAAAUAUCUUUCAUGAAGUAAAAUUUCUUCGUUUAGAAUGCUUCGAUGAAACACCAACCAUUCUUCUGAAUGAUUUCCAUACAAUAUUUCCUAAUCUUGAAACAUUUCAAGUGCGUAAUAGUUCUUUUGAAACAUUGUUCCCUACUAAAGUAACCACAGCUUAUCUCAGUAAGCAAAUGUUAAAUCAAAUAAGAAUGUUGAUUCUUUUUGAUUUGGAAAAGCUCAAGCACGUCUGGCAGGAAGACUUUCCAUUGGACCAUCCUCUUCUACAACAUCUUGAAAACUUAUAUGUAGUGAAUUGUCCAAGUUUGAUAAGCUUGGUACCAUCGGCGACAUCUUUCACAAAUUUAACCUAUUUGGAAGUGGACAACUGCAAAGAGCUGAUCUAUUUGAUAACAUCUUCAACAGCGAAAAGCUUAGUUCAACUCCAAACAUUAAAAAUAAAGAAUUGUGAGAAGAUGUUGGAUGUCAUGAAGAUUGAUGAUGAAAAAGCAGAGGAAAACAUCAUAUUUGAAAACUUGGAAUACUUGGAAUUUUCUUCGCUGUCAAGUUUGAGAAGCUUCUGCUAUGGGAAACAAGCAUUCAUUUUCCCAUCUUUGUACAGUUUCAUCGUUAUAGGAUGUUCUCAAAUGAAGAUCUUCUCAUCUGCACUCACAGUAGCACCAUGCGUCACAAAAAUUAAUAUGGGAGAAGAAAAUAUGCGAUGGAAAGGUGAUCUUAACACAACUAUUGAACAAAUGUUCAUAGAAAAGGAAGUCCCACAUUCUAGUCAAUACGUUGAGUGAUGAGACCAUCAUAUAUCCUCAUAUUUGCAAGAUGAAAAUGAAAGCAAUAUUGAGGAAGAAGGAUUGACUAAUGCAGCUGGUCAAGAAGAUUGAUAAGAUUGACAAGGGGUUUAUUGACAUACCAAUAUAUCAAUAAACGCUUAUAUUUUCCAUUUAUCAAAAUUUACAUCAAUAUAUGUCACAAUAGUGGACAAUUAAUUUUGGAUACUAUACUACACUGAUCACUAUGAUUCCAGAUACAAUUUUUUUUUUCUUUCUUCCUAAUAGCCCUUGAUGGCUCUAAUUGUUGGGACCCCAACAGCUUAAGUACAUGACUGUUCUCAAAGAUUCCUCUGA